CGGCGACCGAAGUGCAGUUCUCGUCCGUCGGCAGCAAGUGUCGUACAAGCCGCGCGUGUGCAUAGUCAUCGUUAGGUAUGCGCUUUACAUACAUUUUCUGCUAUGCUCUGCUCGUCGUCGCACCGGCCUUGGCGGUGAAGUUCACUCCGCCGGACAUACUGUGGCUGGACGAAAAUGAAGUGUGCAAAAAAAGCAUGUUUUCAGAGAAAACAUAUGUGUGUAAAAUACUAAACGACUGCAAGACAGCUAUUCAAGACAUCAGAGAUAAUGUAAAGUAUCCGACCAUAUGCAGUUUCAAAGGUAAAAUGCCGGUCGUGUGCUGUGCUCCGGAGAGUGUGACUAGAGCGGAAAGAUUGGAAAAAGAAAAGGAAACAGAUCUCCCGAAAAUCGAACCAGGAAUAACGCUUCAUUUCGAGAUCGACAAAGACGGAUUAGUUCAAGACAAUCUCAUUACCUAUUCGCGACCUCGCCGUCAGAUAUCGUCACGAAACCCGUAAAAGAACGCGAACAACGAACACGGUGGAAUCGAAACGCGCCGCUUUUAGUGUUGUGUUCCGGUUCGUGUGGCUCGUUACUCCCACAAAAGCCGACUCAAGACUGACUGGCAUUGCUUCGAGAAAUCGUGUCGCCGCUGAUUGAACGAUAAAUCACGUUUACGCGGGGAAAGAUGAACAAUGUUGGUGGAGAGCGAAUAAAAAAUAAUAAUAAUAAUAAUAAUAAAAAAUUUAAAAUAAAAAAAAAUAGGAAAAAAAAAUGUACAAACUCGAAACGGUAAACGUGCCAUCCGGACGACGCACGCGGACCCGGCGGACCGAUCGCGUGAAGUUUACGGCGGCCGAUCGAGCGCGCGGUUCAGCGGCGGGUGUGGUCGGACCUGUAUCCGGUCCUGACGCGGAGGAACGGAUACGAAGGAAGCCGCUGGCAGUCGUCAACGUGCACCAACGAACCGGACGCGCAAAAUCUUUUACGCGGCGAUCACUCCGUAAAUUGUAUAACGACCGUAUUUUGCCGUUUCCGCGUCCGUGUCACGACCCGCGACCGUCCGGACCAUCAGGGUCGCCGCCGGGCCCACGCGAACCUGUCCGACCCGUCGUCCCGCCGGCACCACCACCGUUGCAGUUCGUAAUCGGUCCGAAACGUCGAACGGGAAACGAUCAAGGGACGCGAUUAGCACUAACUGCAUCCGCACACGGUCGCGCCGUUUUCCAUUUCUGUGUUCGUGUCUUCAACGCGUGACGUCCAACGUACGAUUUCUAGUCAUUUUUAGUAUUCGAGUGUUUUGUCUCUCGAAUCAAACAGAUCAACAGUUGGUGUCAUUAUUCUUCAAUGCAAUCGUUACCGCAGCGCAACUAUUACGUGUUUAAACUUUAGAUCACAGACUACAAACAUAAAUGUAUCUAUUUCUAUAUGCCUUUUUUUUACAUGCUGCAAGUA